AUGAAAGCCGCAGGUGAAGUUUAUCCUGGUCAAUUCACUAAAAAUUUACUACAGGUUGAUAUAGAACUGGAUCCAAAUGUUAUAGAUAGCAUUAAAACUGGAACAAUUUUAGCAUUUGAGCAUUGCAGAAAUGUCUUUCGUUGGGAGCGCUGGAACUGUCCAACUGAGGACUUUGAAAGGCAUAAACAGCAACGCGCAAAUAAGGAACUGGCAUUUACACAAGCUAUUACGGCGGCCGGUAUUGUUCAUGCUGUUACGAAAAACUGCUCUAGAGGAGAAAUUAGCGAUUGUGGAUGCAACUCAAACUUUGGGGGGACAACAAAUUCUCAAAAAGUGGAUCCGCCGUCAUCAAGCAAACAAAUUGAACUAAAUACAAAUGUAAAAGACAAAACCGUAAAAUGGUCUUGGGGAGGAUGUUCAGACGACAGUACUUAUGGAUUAAGAUUAGUACGCGAUUUGCUAGAAAAUUCGAAAGAAAAUGCUACAGUUCUUUCUUACAUUGAAAAACAUAAUUAUCGUCUAGGGAAACAGAUUGUCCAACAAGCAAUGAUUAAGAAAUGUCGCUGUCACGGAGUUUCCGGAAGUUGCUCACUACAAACCUGCUGGAUGCAGUUGCCUCCUUUCCAUAUAAUAUCUAAAAAAUUAAAAGAAAAAUAUAGAAAAGCAAGACGACUUAUCAGCGAAAACAUUGAAGCUACAAUAGCUUUGGGCAAUUCAGUGAAAAGAGAAGACAGGACCAGUAACUUUCUGGCACCAGAAGAUUCAUUGGUAUUUUUGGAACAAAGUCUUGAUUAUUGCCUUCCUGACCAAACCCAAAACUGGCCAGGUACAAAAGGCAGAUUUUGUUCCAGGACCAAAUCAAACCGUACAACCGCCUCGGAAAAGAGAAGCUGCCGGAACCUUUGUAGACAAUGCGGGUAUAAAGUACGAAGAGAAAAGAUGGUGGUUAGGAAAAGGUGUAAUUGCGUAUUUCAAUGGUGCUGUUCCGUAAAGUGUGAAAUGUGCAGUGAGAUAGUCGAAGAAUUAUAUUGUGAUUGAUGUAUUUGAUUAUGUAUAUUAAUUUAUUUAUUAUCUGAGUUAUUAAUAAGUUACUGUUUUUAUUUGUGAUAGUUUUUGGGAAGUACCUACUGAUUAAACGGUUUAGGCGAUUUUUUUUUUUUUUUCAUUAUGCAAAAUCUUUCAGAAAGUGCUUUGGUCUGGAUUUAUCGGCAUUGUUUUAGUUCCCAAUCCCAAUCGUAAUUGCUUUCAGCAAUCCCUUAUUCAGAUUCAGGGAAGUAUUGUCCAAGGAAUUUUAGGUAGUUGGAUUUGCGAUUGAUAACGCCAAAUUUACGCCUUCC